CAUGUAGUGCAUUGUAAUAAAUGGUACUUUUAAAGUUAGUGGCACUUUAUAUUGAGCAUUAAUGAAUAAUAUUCUAUCCUUAUGCUUUCAAGGCAUUGCAAUUCUUGUUCUUCUUUGAGUUCUUUCAGUAUUUAUGUCCACACUGAUGACCUCUCUUCAAUAGCAUAAAACUGAUACCAAUAUAUGAUUAUAAAGUAAAAAGGCAGGCAAAUGGAGCAGCAAAUUGCAGCUGUACAGCAAGCAUUAUGUGCAACAAAGAUCAUUAAGGAGGAUAAUGUUCCUUGCAAGAUUGAAGAGGGUCUCUAUUUGGGUUCCCUUGGAGCUGCAAAUGAUAAAACUAGAUUGAAAAGCUUGAACAUUACACAUAUUUUGACAGUUGCCAACGCUCUAGCGCCUGCUCAUCCAAAUGAUUUUACCUACAAGGUCAUUACUGUGCUGGACCGAGAAGAUGUAGAAAUUUCACAGUACUUCGAUGAAUGCUUUAAAUUCAUUGAAGAGGGCAAAAGAGUAGGUGGUAUUUUGGUUCAUUGCUAUAUGGGAAGAUCCAGAAGUGUGACAGCUGUCGUUUCUUAUCUGAUGAAAAAGCAUGGUAUGAGCAUGUCUGAAGCGCUGAAACUUGUGAAAAGUAAAAGGCAAUUGGCUUGUCCUAAUGCUGGUUUUAUGUUGCAGCUACAGAACUAUGAAAAAUCUCUUAGAGGUAUUGCUUUCUGACUUUUUAUCACUUGAUUGAACAAAGUUCAACAUUUCAAUUUUGGUUAAAACAAAUUUCUUUUGCAUGGUGUCACUUGUUAAUUUCCUUCAAAGAAUUAUCAAAUCUUGUAAAGGGAUUUUUCAUAUAGGUCACGACAAUUUUAGGUUGCAUUUA